UAAAUUAUAAAUAUAAAAGUUUAUUGAAUAAGUUGAAUUGUUUAUAUUAUGAUUUUUAUUUCUGCUUCUAAUGCAUUUAUGAAUCCUCUAAAUAGAUGGAUCUCGAAUAACUCAUUUGCCUUAUUUAUCCGUUUUUGUUGAACUAUUCAAUUUUAGAUUUCAUUCAAAUGGAUGCAUCGUUGUAUUUUUUGUCUUAAAGCGGAAUGGCGAAUCAUUAUGACAUACCUUCUUGGGCUGGCAAGCCACCAGUGGGCCUUCAUCUUGAUGUUUUGAAAGUUGAUAAAUUAAUACAGAAACUGAUGAUUGAUGAAAAGAAAUGUUACUUAUUUGGUCGAAAUCCAGAGUUGAAUGACUUUUGCAUAGAUCACGCUUCCUGUUCACGAGUCCAUGCUGCCUUAGUUUAUCAUAAGCAUCUGAACAGAACAUUUUUGGUUGAUCUUGGAAGUACUCAUGGAACUUAUAUUGGUAGCAUUCGCCUGGAACCCCAUAAGCCUACUCAGCUUCCUGUUGACAGCAAAUUUCAUUUUGGAGCAUCUACUCGUAUUUACAUCUUACGUGAAAGACCUCAGAAAGCUGGAAGAACUACAUCGGAUGACCUGGAAAAAAAGUCUGAGGAAUUAGAGGGUGGACUUUUGGGACUUCCUGAAUCAGAAACUGAGUUAGAUAAUCUCACUGAAUUCAAUACAGCCCAUAAUAGAAGAAUCACAAUGCUUGGUAUUACAGAUGAAGAAAUCAAACCUACAGCACGGAAAAGAAAGUCUGUAUCUGUUAGAUUUAGUACUGAAGAAGAAAUCAUCAAUCCAGAGGACAUUGACCCAACAGUUGGAAGGUUCAGGAAUUUAGUUCAAUCAGCUAUCAUUCCAAAUAAGAGGCAGAGAGAAGAAACAUCUAACCUAUUUGGCAGUGGACUAUCAUCAAACUCUAAUAAAAGAAUGGCACAAUCAUUUCAUACUGUUAAUGACAUUCAUCGCUCCGAUUCUGGUCAUGGAACCAUAAGUACUUUAUUCACUCCUUCACUUUCAGUCAAACUUGGUUUACAUCUGCCUAAUCCUGCACCAGACAUUGAUCUAGAGCAAACAGAAGUUGUUCCGGAUUAUACAGUGACUAUUCCCAACCCAACUGUGCCCAAUGAAACGAACAUAUCACAAGAACCUAAGAAGAAGAAAUAUGCAAAGGAAGCUUGGCCAGGAAAGAAACCAACACCCUCAUUGUUAAUUUGAGAAAGUGGUGCUAUAACAAAGGGUUUUUAACAGUGUUUCUUCUAGAAUGCUAGUUUUUUGUGCAAGUCCUUUCGACAUGUAUUAUGUAAAGCGUCAUGGAUAUCCUAAAUAAUUUUUAAAAAAAAUUUCCUUGCUAUUUUGGUGAUCUAAUUACUGAAGCAUUUAUUGCUGAUAAGUUUAAAAAAAUUGUUCUGGAUUAAAAGUAGAAAAAUUAAAAACAACAACAGCAACAAAAAAAUGCAUUGUAAAAUGUAUUAAUGAAAAAGGGACAUUUAAGCUCAUUAGUUAUAAAAUAAAAUAUUCAUCAAUUGUAAGUAAGUUACUUUGUUUUAUUCCUUAAGCUUUUCAUCAAGUAGGGGAAGGGAGAAUGAAAAUUAUGCAAAAUUAGUUAGCUUUGGAUCUUGAACAUCUUUAAAGUUCUAGAAGUUAUUUGCUUUCAGCAUUUUAAUAUUUAUAUAAAUCUAUUUUUAUAAUUUUCAACAAUCAAUGCUAAUGUAUAAAUCACAAUUCACUGGGUAGCAAGUUUCAACUGCAUUCAAAAUCUAUUGCCCAUAUUAUGAUUAUUAUAUAUUCUCUGAAUAUAAAUCUCAAUUAGCAGACUAAAUUAUUCAAUUUUUAAUAUAAAUUUGAGUUAGAAUUUUUCGUAUCCUUGCAGAAACCUUCAAAAUUAUGAGCAUUUAAUCAUUAUGAAAAACAAUGUUUUAUUGUAUUUGUUUCAAUAAUUAGCUCACCAAAAGUCUCUAAUUUUAAAUUCUGAAACUUUAACUAAUUUUUAGUUGUAUUAAAUGACAGUUAUUUGUUUUAGUCGACUUAUUACUUAUCUAUUUUACUUUAGCUGUUACUUGAUUUUGCUUCCAACACCUCCAAAAUAAUAUGUGAUUUUACAAAGAUACCAUUAUUAUCUUUAUUUAUGGAUUAAACAUAUUGAUAUUCUUUUGACAGUUAAAAAUAAAAGCAAUAAAAUAAGUUUCUUUAAAAAUGUGCUUAUUUUAUUAUGAAAAAGUAAGUCAUAUAUAUUUAAAAUUAUUUGUGACUAUAUUCCAAUGCAGAUAUAGAUAUUUUUUAAUAUAUUGUGAUUUUUUCAAAUUCAGUAUAUUUUUACGAUUUUCAUGAUAAAAUAUAAAAUGGGGAAAUAUGAGUAAGAAGAAAUAAUUUGAAAUGAAACUGCCAAAGACCAUCACACUGUAUUAUAAAUAUGUAAAGUGUGGUUCAAUAAAAUUGCUUUUGACUUA